AUGGGCCGUUUGAUCGGGCUAUUACCCACGGUAGCUGCUUUUGUGGCCUUCAUUCUGAGUAUACUAUGCCUCUUUGCAGGGACACAGAAGAAUUUGCUGUCAUCGGCCGAUAUCCUGACGCUGUAUACAUCCACCGUUGGAAACGGAACCGAGGCCCAUGAUUUCUAUUCGAUACAUGUGAUGACUUACUGCGAGGGGUUCAUGAACUCGAAAGAAGAGAGGAACCUGACGGGAUGUUCUAAGCGCUCCAUGCUGUUCUCCUUCGACCCGUCGGAAGUGUUGCUAGAAGAGACAGGGAAUACCACGUCACUAGACAGACUAGGAUGGCCAAGCGCCAUCAGCGAAGAUUUCCGAGCGUUUAAGAUUACCUAUCAGAGUUUGGGGGUGUUCUACUGCAUCGGAGUGGGACUGGCAGGGUUAGCGAUCCUGGUGAGGCUCUUUUUUAUGCUUUUCCGAAGGACGAGACAGUCGGCGAUAGAGUUGGCAUCGUUGUUGAUCGGCUUUGUUAUGAUCAGUAUUGCCUCGAUCAUCACGACGGUGAUCAUGUUCCAAUUUGUGAACCUCGUCAACUACCACGGGGAAGCCUCGGACGUGAGUGCCAAGCACGGCCGGGAAUUUUUGGCCAUGAGCUGGGCAGCGGCCGGGUUGUUGCUGGUCGGAAGUGUCGCAAGCCUGGCCAUGGUUCUGGUCGAUCGAGGCCGGGCCGAAGAGGAGCCUCCGUCACCACCUCCACGGCCGGACACACCCAAAUCCGAGAUGGCCGGCGACGCGGAGUCGAUAAAAUCGGCGAAGUCGAAGUAUUGA